AUGGCUGAGCCUUCGUCUGUGACGUCUGAAGAAAGCCUGGGCACCAAGGAAGCCGAGCCCUUCGAAGCCGAGCCAGAGAACCCGAAGCGGAAGACAGCGAAGCGCAAGAGGGCGAAGCGCAAGACGGCGAAGCGCCAGCGCCGCCGCUCUGACGGCUUCGACAGCUUUGCCGCCUAUUUCCGCAGGGUGCUGAAGCAGGUCCACCAGGGCCUGAGCCUCUCGCAGGAGGCCGUGAAGGUCAUGGAUUCGUUCGUUAAGGACAUCUUCGAGCAAAUCGCCACCGAGGCGGCGCGCCUGGUCCGCUCCAGCAAGCGCUCCACCCUCAGCUGCAGAGAGAUCCAGACCUCCGUGCGUCUGCUGCUGCCUGGGGAGAUGGGCAAGCUCGCCGUGUCCAACGCCAACAAGGCCGUCAUCACAUACACCACCGGCAAAUGA